GAAUUAUUACACACUAUCUCGCUUUCAGUGGUUUAUGGAGGAGGAAUAUUUGUGAUAACUUGUGAAAGAAUAUAAAGUCAAGAGAACUCGGAAAAUAGUCCAUUUCGAGAGCUGACAAGAGUUAUAAUAAUAAUGCAGGUUUGCCGAUUCCUGUGGAAGAGCCCAAAGUCUCUCUCGGUGUUGGCUGUCGUUCUGCUUUUAGCUAUAGUGAUAUGUUCGACUUACGUCAUGUCUCCUGGGUGGUGGCAAGAGAGUACCAUGUCCCGCAAUUUAGUCUUUGUGUACGGUUCCCUCAAGCAAACCCAGCCUAAUCAUCACUGGUUGACGGACAAGGCAAACGGAGAGGCUCAUUUCCAAGGACUUGCUACAACUGAAGAAAAGUUUCCUCUUGUCGUUGCAUCUCGUUACAAUAUUCCCUAUGUACUCGCUUCCCCUGGGACUGGAAAGCAAAUUGAGGGCGAAGUAUAUGAAGUUGACGACCAAAUGUUGUCCAGGCUUGAUAUUUUGGAAGUACAUCCCAAGUAUUAUGAGAGAAAGAUGGUAAAAGCCAGCAUGCAGGAAUCCAAGGAGGCCAUUGAUUGUUGGAUAUACCUGCUGCACCACUUCAAGCCAGAAUUAUUAGAGCUGCCUCACCUGUCCACCUACUUCUCGAAGGGAGACUUUGUGCCGAGAGAUAUGCGUGAUAUCAAAGGUCCUGAAUACUGGAGUGAUGUAAAACUUCCAGAGGGUUUGUGAGCAAGGAAUAUUAGACAGAAUCAUUCAUGUUUGAUAGAAAUAUCAGGCAACUUCCUAUCAAUAUUCCAUUUAUUGUUUUAGUCUUUCAGGGAUACUUAUGAAUUCAUGCAUAUACUGUAUAUGUAUAGUGUUAUUACAAGGUGAUAUAGAAUGCUCACUUAAAGAAUAGCCAUUUUUUUUGUAUUUAUGUGAAAUGCAAUUAUUUUCUUUAACAAGUCUCCUUGCAUAAGUUAUAAAUUUUAAAAUACCUGACUUUUAACUCCACUAAGGAAGCAGUUUUGUGAUUCUUCUUAGAUAUUGGCUAGAAAUUUGAACAGCAGAUUUUAUCCCAAAUUUUAAAAAGGAGAAACAGUGAAUUAAGCUGAGGAUGAAAGUAAAACAAUAUUGGUUUGUACUAAUCAGCAUUUUAUGUUUGUACUGAUGUACUGUGCAAUGCUCACUUUGGUUGCUAGAAUUUGUUAUGCAUUAUGGUUGUUAAUUAUAAUCUAAAGAGAGUGAAUAUGAGUGAAAGGUUGAAUGAGAGUUUGAUUUUAAGGUGGAGAGUGAGAAGUGAGUGUGAGUGUGAGUGUGAGUAUGAAUGUAUGGUAGGGUCAUAGGCAGCUGGUUAGCAAGUCAGUGAGUUGGGGAUGGGUGGGCAGGCAUGUGAAUCAAUUAGUUGAUUGGUUGCAAGCAGAAAGGAAAGUAGGGAGGAAGAAACAGAGAAAGGAAAGACAGGUCAAGAGUUGCCUCAGACUACAUUAAAUGUUGAAUGUUGCAAUUAUUCAGGCAAGGAAGUCACCUAUUUGAUGGGGUAUACUUUUGUUUUAGGAAUUAAAAAUGAAGAUAUGUAUAUUAAGAAUGAAAAAAGUAUGUAGUUAAAGGUUAGUAAUUGCAAAUACAGAGGAGUAGUGGGCAGAGGGAAUGCAGGUGAGGCUGUGCUGGUCGAGUGGUUAAAGUAAGGAACUCAAAUACUCACGAAAAUCUAAAUUCUAGAGUUUGAGUCACCGGCCAGCACAUUGUUCCCUGGGCAAGGAACUUCGCCUCGACUCCCUACAGGUAAACCCCCAGCCACUGGGAGCACAAUAAGUAUAACUCAGUGCCAGUCGGAAGCCCAGAUAAAAUGCUGCAGGAUGACAUUCGGCAUAAAACAAGCCAAAACUAUGAUGCAGAUCAUUCCACUCUUAGGGGAGAAGCCAAAAGGAAAAGUGAACAGAAGGAAUGCACUUAGUAGAGAUAACAUAUAUUGGCCAAAAAAGAGAAGAUGAAGUAAUAUUCAGUUCCAAAUCCCAAAGUUUUCUAAGAGAUAAUUAUCUGAAAAAAAUCUUAAUCUUUAGGAAUAGAAAUUAUUUUACUCCAGUUUGGUCAUCCUUUAUACUACCUCUUUUCCUUUUUCCCUUUUUGGGGUCACAAAGCAAGGCAUUAUUAAUGGUACUUUAUUUCUAGUACAAAAGGUAAUAUAGACCAUUGGUUCCUAUUGUAUACUCUGCCCUGCCCUGGUCAUUAUCAAGAGUGUAAGUCGAUGGCAAAUGAUAAUGAUGCAAAACUUUCUUUUGUAUAUCCGUUUGCAGUGUCACAUUGUGUUUUAUUUAGUGUCCACUUUGACUGCUGCAAACUCCUUAAUUUCUCAUUGUUUUGUAUAUUUAAAAUGUCACUUUUACAGCUGGGUGGUUUUUAUCUAAUUUUGUAACAAUCUUAUUGAUUUUGAUAUUGUUGGAUAUAUAUUUUAUGUAUUUUUUUAGUGGCUUGUAGUUCAGACUUUUUCUUCUUCUUUAUUUCCAUCCUUAUAACCUCAAUAUUCUCAUUAUGAUAAUCUUGAUACUUCUGAAAUUGCUUAGAAGUGAUCUAAACUUGUGGUUUAUACAAAGAAGAGAAAAGGAAUAAAAAACAAGACAGAUUCAUUUUAUGCCAUGUAUCAAGUUAUAGUUGGAUUGAAUAUAAAAAAAUGCAAGACAGCUUGAACUGUAUCAAGGUUCUUUUACGAUAAUGGUAAAUAUUGUAUUAAAUAUUUAUCAUUUCUA